GGCCAGUGGCAACAUGACAACAAAUUAAACGACGAAAGGAGACAACGUGUUCAGUAUCUUCAAAGAUCAUUUGAGCUCCAUACAUUUCUUAUGUAACAUAGAUUCCCAGUUUUUUCAAGCAAUAUAACAGAACUGAUUUUAAAAUGGGCUCUGCAAAGCAGCAAACAUCAAUUUCCCGCAUAAUGAAUUUGCUGAGUGAAUGGGAUAAAGGAUCAAAAUCAGUGCGCAAGAACAUAUUGUUGGAUUUCAUCGCCCAAAAUCAGAAUAAAACUGGACCGGACUUGGAGAUGGAAUUUGCACAGGCCGCCAGUCUCUUCCUUACCAGGCUGACUGCAUGGCUUCGACUAUCAUAUAUGCUGGGAACUUGCUUGAAAGAACAGCUGCAAGCGAUUUCCAUCUUCCUGUCAGCAUCUAGUGGACAUCGCUUCAUGGCGGAAUUUCUUGAGGUUGGAGGCAUCCUGACUCUCUUGGAAAUAGUUGGCCUAAAGCAAGCCAAAGAGGUUGAUAAGGUCGAGUCCCUAAUCUGUCUGCAGAGCAUAGCAGGAGCUGGAAGAAAGUAUAAAGAACUGAUCUGUGAAAGUUAUGGUAUUCGGGCAGUAGCUGAGUGCUUGGCAAAAUCCAAAUCUGAGGAAACUCAAGAUGCUUGCCGAAACCUGCUGUUAUUAUUGGCCCAAGGCAAUCCCAAAUUUCAGACACAAGUUUAUAAAGGAUUAAUUGCCCUUCUACCAUGUACUUCUCCAAAAGCCCAACAAAUGGCAGCACAGUCCUUAAGAACAAUUCAGCCAACGAUAGAGACAGCUCACAGUGGUAUUGUGGAACCUGUGCUAAAUCUUUUAAAAACAUUACAUCUUGAAGUGCAGUAUGAAGCCAUUGAGCUCAUAAAAGAACUGAUGAACUAUGAAGUGGCAGAUGCUGUUAUGAAAGGCCUUGUGUGUCUGCUCAAGCCUUCACGGGAUUUUUUGCUCCAGAUGCCAGAGCUCUUAUCGGAUCCAGAUGUGCCUAAAAUGAACGAGCCUUUGCCAGUGUUCAUCCAGCAGGCUGCAGCAGCAAAGACAGUUGGAAUUUUGGCCCCGUGAAAUCCAAUGCAUUUGCAGAAAAAACUAAUACAGUUGAGGGUGACACACAACCUAAUGUGUGCCAUGGGAAACAUGGAAAAUGCAGAUAGCCAGAGGCAGGCCAGCAUUUCAUUGGAGUACUUUUCGACUUUCCCAAUGGUUGAUGAUCAUGUACGAGGAGCAAUGGGAGAUGCUCUGUAUGACCAGUUCAUGUCAAACCCAGAGACACUGUAUGUCAGUAUGACACAAAUCCAGGCUGACGUGCUCGUCUCCAACAAAGUAAACAUUCCUAAAGUGAUAGCCAGAAUAGACUGACAUAAACAGACCAAUGGACAGUGAAGGAGGGUUCUAUCUGUGAUACUAGAGGUUGACACCAUCACCACAAAUAUUAUACAGCCAGCAAGUCAGUUGAUCACAGAACAUCAUUCAGUGUAAAAAAAAGAAAUAAAUUAUAUUUGAAUUUUA